AUGUUCAAAGCCAAAGCGAUGGAUGAAGACCUUUGCGCUGUGUUUGUCCAUGCUGGGGCUGGAUACCACAGCCGUGAAAAUGAGAAGCGGCACCUACUGGUCUGCGAGAUGGCUGCCGAAGCUGGAAUGGAAUUUCUUCGUCGUGGCGGAAAUGCAGUUGAUGCAGUGGAAACCGCGAUCAUGAUGCUCGAGAAUGCUCCCAUUACCAACGCAGGAUUUGGUAGCAAUGUCAAUGAGAAGGGCGUCGUCGAGUGCGAUGCUUCUAUUGUUGAUCACUUUGGACGCAGCGGAGCCGUUGGAGCUGUUGCAAAUGUUCGAAACCCAAUCCAGCUAGCACGCGUGGUUUAUGAAAAGGCUCACCAAUCCGCUGGCCUGUCACGAGUUCCUCCUAACUUCCUCUGUGGAGAAGGCGCCCAGGAAUUCGCGUGGGAUCACGGUAUCAUUCUCGUUCCGAACGAGGCAAUGGUCGCGCCGAUUGCAAACAUUCGUUAUCAUAACUGGAAGCAUGAUAUCAAUCAGUGGAAUCUCAGAAACCCGCCUACUGAGGCGGAGGCACGAUUCCGAUGGAUGCGCCCCGCAUCCCAGCCUGAACGCUAUCCAGGUCUUCGAGACAGAUUGGAGGCCGCACGACUGAUUACGCCUGUCCAAAUGCCAUCUUCUCGCGGAGAUGACGAGGAGGAGCCCAUCGACGGAUUGAACCGCAAGGACGAGACUACAGCCAAUCGGGCGAACAGUUCAAACCAUGGUCUCCAUGAUAACGAUCGUACCCCACCUCCUGACUUCACUGAUUUCAAAGACUCCAAGCCGAACAACCCGACUGAUGGAGAAGACUGGAUCACUGACACUGUUGGCGCAAUUGUCGUGGACCAAUUCGGCAACAUCGCGGCUGGUUCCUCGUCCGGAGGCAUUGGAAUGAAGCAUCGCGGUCGUAUUGGCCCUGCAGCUCUGAUCGGUAUCGGUACUCAUGUCCUUCCUAUGGAUCCCACCGAUGCAAACGGCACUUCGGUAGCUGUUGUGGCUUCUGGAACUGGCGAACAUAUUGCUUCAUCCUUCGCCGCAAGCACCUGUGCUCAGCGAAUCUACUACAGUCAGCGGAUGGGCAAUGGCGGCAUUUUCGAGGAUGUUACUGAAGAGGAGGCCAUUGCCGCGAUGCUUCAGAACGAAUUCUCUAGUCAUCCGGCAAUUCUCAACAGCAAUAUUGACGGUUCCCUCGGACUGAUGGCCGUGAAGAAAACUGAAGAUGGCAUUGGCCUCUAUUUCGCUCAUAACACUGAAUCAUUUGCCUUGGCUUCUUUCUCGAACAAAGACAAGAGACCUCAGUGUGUGAUGUCGCGAAACCCAAACAAGGCCCCCGUUGCACUGGGAGGGUUGAUGAUCCGUCCAACUCAGUGA